AUGGAUCUUCUUAUUUCCGAAGUACAAAAAAGAUCGGUACUUUGGAAUAAAUGGGAUCCAAAAUUUAAAGAUCGGGUAGUGACAGACAGGCAUUGGGACUCUGUAUCCAAAGAACUUGGAAUGUCAAAAGACGAUGUUAAAAAAAAGUGGAGAAGUCUUCGAGAUCAAUUUUUAAAAGAAUUUAAAAAAAUCCCUUCCAGUCGUUCUGGAAGCAGUCAAGAAUAUGCUGCGCUAUAUCAAGGCAGAUGGAGCUAUUUUCGUGCGAUGUUAUUUUUGAAGGACACAGUCACACCAAGAAUAAGUGACGGAAAUAUAUCCGAUGUAGACGUAGAUGAGGUUGAAGAAGACAUCAAUGAGGAACAAGACGAACUCGAGGACAUUGACCAGUCAUUAGAAGUAAAUAUUUCUACAAAUGAUUAUAAUAUUUCAUCACCCCCAUCAACUUCAUUUACGACAACUAAAAAAAAAAUAAGAGAUCAAAAAAACAAGAAACGGGCAAUACUUUUGAAUAACAACUGA